AUGGCAACAACAUCUCCAACUGUUGAGGAGGAUGUAGUAGAAUCAUCAUCGAAUAUGUGCCUAAAAUCUCUUAAAUGUGACACCUUGGAUCAACCUACAACUGCAAAACAAACGAAAGAAGCUCCCAAUCUGUAUGAGGAGGAAGAGGAACCUGCUUGGACUUUAAAAUCUGAUACGAUAGAGACAACCACGACUGUCUUGAAACAACUAUAUUUUCCUCCUUACAAUUCAAUCUCAUAUGUGGAAGUGGAGGUGGAACCACUAUUAAUACCCUCACCUUUAAUUUCAAACUCACUUCUUAUUUUUCCUCAACCACUGCCUAAACCUUCUUUACUGCAACCACCAUUUUCUGCUUCACUGAAUAUAGUCUCAUCAUCACCAGCACUACCGCCAGCGCUGAAACCAUCAGAGUCACUUUCGGAGCCGCCAUCACCGAAACCACUAGAGCCAUUGAGGCCACAGAAGAAACCAUAUAUGUUGCAGAGAGGUAGAAUCGAAAUCGAAAAGGAGUUAUCCUCGUUUGAAAAUGUGUCUAUAAAGCCUGAUUUUGUAAAUCUUGGUCCUGGUCACAAACCAAUGAUUGUGGUGAACUAUAAAGCUGAAGAGAAACAAUUUUAUGCUGAGAAGAUAUCUUUUAUGGUUCUUAUGAAGAGGAAGGAGAUCGCAGAGGCUUAUCUCGGUACAACGGUUAAGAAUGAUGUUGUUAUCGUGCCUGCUUACUUCAAUGAUAUGCAGGAUCAGGCUACUAAGGAUGCUGGUGUGAUCUCGGGGCUGAAUGUGAUGAAGAUCAUAAAUAAGCCCACUGUUGCUGCUAUUGCUUAUGGGCUUGAUAAGAAAGCUACCGGUGAGAAGAAUGUUCUCAUUUUUUAUCUCGGUGGUGGAACUUUUGAUGUUUCACUUCUGACUAUUGAGGAAGGUAUUUUUGAAGUGAAAACUACGGCUGGUGAUAUGCAUCUGAGAGGUAAGGAUUUUGAUAACAUAAUGGUGAAUCAUUUUGUUCAGGAGUUUAAGAGGAAGAAUAAGAAGGCUAUUAGUGGGAAUCAUAUGGCUCUGAGGAGAUUGAGAACUGCUUCUGAGAGGGCUAAGAAGACACUUUCCCGUACGACUCAAACCACUAUUGAAAUUGAUUCAAUGUUUGAGGGUAUUGACUUUUACACUACCAUUACUCGUGCUCGAUUUGAAGAGCUGAACAUGAAUCUGUUUAGGAAGUGUAUGAAGCCUGCUGAGAAGUGUUCGAGGGAUGCUAAGAUGGACAGGAACAUUGUCCAUGAUGUUGUUCUUGCUGGUGAGCCUACGAGGAUUCCUAAAGUUCAACAACUUUUGCAAGAUUUCUUCAAUGGAAAGGAGCUUUGCAAGAGCAUUAACCCUGAGGAGGCUGUGGCUUAUGGUGCUGUUGUUCAAGCUGCUAUUUUGAGCGGUGAAGGGAAUGAGAAAGUACAGGAUCUAUUAUUGCUUGAUGUUGCCCCUCUCUCGCUUGGUUUGGAAACUGCGGAAGGGAUUAUUAUUGUGUUGAUUAUAAGGAACACAAUAAUUCCGACAAAGAAAAAGCAAUUUGAGUUGUCUGGUAUUCCACCUGCUCCAAGGGGUGUUCCUCUGACCACUGUCUAUUUCGACAUUGACGCCAAUGAUCUAAGAAUUGCAAGAUUAUGA